CUGGGCGGAAAUGGCAUCGAUUCGCGUUCAACCACCGCAGCCACCAGCACGGGCGAUGGCGUUAGUGCUGGCGAUUGCAUCGCUCCUGGCGACCAGUUACACAGCCAUUGAAGCCGUUACAGAUCUCGAAACGCGCUGCCAGAACGUGCAAUGUUACAUCGACUGCCCAUCGGACAGCUAUCUGCAGAGCACGAUGCACGCGCCAAGUUACGCCAAGGAGGACGUGCCAGAACCCAGUGAAACGUUCGACAGAGAAAGACGCGCAAUCGCCACAAACAACCAUCCCCACAAACGGAUCACGAUCGUACCGACCGAGAUAAAACUCCUGCAUUUUAACAAUAUGCGCCGAAGGCGUGACACUGACACCAUCAUGCUGGUGGAAGCGGCAGUGCACUACAACCCCGAGAAUGAUCCGAACCUGCAGGAACUCUGCUGCCCCAAGUGCGUCUGCCAACCGUGCCCCGAGAUGCCAAGCUGUCCGCCCAACUUCAAGCGUAUCGUCGACACGCACGAACAAACCGGUCAGCCGGGUAACUGCUGUCCAUCCUUCCACUGUAAGCGAAAUCAGAAAUGUCGCUCCGACGUUAACAAUGCUUCGUACGUGGAAAACGAAACCUGGAGCGAAGGUGACUGUACCGAGUGUAAGUGUUUGGCGAAUCGGAGGCAGUGCGUGAUAUCUGCCUGCAAACCACUCAACUGUGAGCACACGAUUAAAGUGCCGGGCCGAUGCUGCCCGGUGUGCGAUCCGACCAGGUCCAUCUUCUGCGAGGACCACAACUGUGACCUGCAGUGCCGGAACGGGUACGAACGACGGGGCAAUUGUUCGCUGUGCAGCUGCGUUCAGCUGAUGCCGCCCAAGCCGACCACCGACAAGACAACCGAAACACCGGCCCUGAAGGCGAACUUCACCUCCGGCAGUGUCGAACAACCGGAUACGGAUGAGCAGGAGGAACACAACGGUAGAGAUGGAGACGCCUGGCUUAGCAAUUGGAUUACAUGGGUCGUGGUUGCUUUCGGCAGCUUUAUUGUGCUCGGUAGCAUCCUCAUCUAUGUGAGCGGCAGCGCCGAACGGAGCGGUGUUUCGAUCGAGAAGAUUAAGAAGGGUCUACAGAUGUUGUUCAGCUGCAACGAGAUACCGCAGCGCAAGAGUGCGUACAACCGUGUGUCCAGCACGGGUCCUGCUACACCGCCGGCAACUGAAACGACCGCGAACAGUGUGGCCUAA